AUGAGAUUUCUUAAAAAGGACCACCAUCGCACACAUUUGAUUAAAGGCUUUCUGGACAACUUUCUCAAAAUGUUAUAGGAAUGACCUGGUUGGAAUGGGGCUUCUUGAACGGCCGCUUUGACCUUGAGGUGACCUCUCCACCCAGCCUCCAGGUUUACCUCUCGUCGGUCUGGCUUGGAAGUGAAGAACGUAGAGGGAGAGUGAGGGGAGAGAGACGAGGGGGCGUGUUGGGCAGGGGGCUGCUGGUGCAUGGGGACGGGAAAGUGCACAUCCCUGCUGGAGAGUGGAGACCCACCCUUGCCCAUGCUGUCCCCUGCCCAUGCCAGGCCCAGAACCCUCUGCAAUGGUGACAUGAGACUAGAUCACGAAGAGGAGCCCAUUUUCAAACCGCCUCUUUUUUGUGUGUUUUUUGGUAAGAAUAGACUAGAUACUGAAGCUCUUUUGUGAGUGGAGCACCUUCCAUAAACUGGUACAAGCAGGUGCGGGGUGAUGAUGCUGGUGUGUGGACGCCUGAGGCGUCUCUGCCGGCAGCUCACGCUGCAGACCAGCCUUCUGCUUCUCUUCCUUUUCUGCCUGAUCAGCGUCCUGAUCUCUGCCUACUUCUUGUACGGGGUGAAGAAAGAGCUGGAGCCAGCCGCUGGCGUCGGGGGAGUGGGUGGGUCCGAAGAGGGCACUGCCGAUUGGGAGGAUCCACAGGCCACCCCCUCCCCUGCCAGGGUGCUGCCCCCACGGACUGUGAGACCAGCAGACACAUCUCGGACAGACCCUGUGGUACUGGUAUUUGUAGAGAGCCUAUAUUCCCAGCUGGGCCAAGACAUAGUAGCCAUCUUGGAGUCUGCACGCUUCCGCUACCAGACAGAAAUUGCCCCCGGAAAGGGUGACAUGCCCACACUUACCGACAAGAACCGCGGCCGAUUCACGCUUGUCAUCUACGAAAAUAUCCUCAAGUAUGUGAACCUGGAUGCCUGGAACAGAGAGCUACUGGACAAGUACUGUGUCGAGUAUGGAGUGGGCAUAAUAGGCUUCUUCAAGGCCAAUGAGAACAGUCUUCAGAAUGCCCAACUGAAGGGUUUCCCUCUCUUCCUGCAUUCCAACCUUGGCCUGAGAGACUGCAGUGUCAACCCUAAGUCACCCUUGCUGCUCAUCACCAAAGCUCGUGAGGUGGAGAGGGGCCCGCUGCCUGGUGACGACUGGACUGUCUUCCAGUCCAACCACUCCACUUAUGAGCCUGUUUUGCUGGCCCAGGCCCAUGGCCUGGAGGUCGGCCUGCCUCCGGGGCCCCUUCACGCAGCGGUGGUGCAAGACUUGGGCCUACAUGACGGCAUCCAACGUGUCCUCUUUGGCAACAACCUGAACUUCUGGCUACACAAGCUGGUGCUUGUGGACGCCGUGAGCUUCCUAACGGGCAAGCGGCUUUCGCUGGCACUGGAGCGCUACCUGCUGGUGGACAUCGACGAUAUCUUCGUAGGCAAGGAAGGCACGCGCAUGAAGGUGUCUGAUGUUAAGGCCCUGUUGGAGACACAGAAUGAGCUUCGACCCCAUGUGCCUAACUUCACCUUUAACCUGGGCUUCUCUGGAAAGUUCUUUCAUGCUGGCACAGAUGAAGAGGACCUAGGUGAUGACCUGCUCCUGUCUUUUAGUAAAGAAUUCUGGUGGUUUCCACACAUGUGGAGCCAUAUGCAACCUCAUCUCUUCCACAACCACUCGGUUUUGGCCGAACAGAUGCUGCUUAACCGCAAGUUUGCUGAGGAGCAUGGAAUCCCCACCAACAUGGGCUACGCGGUGGCCCCUCACCACUCGGGGGUCUACCCUGUCCACAUGCAGCUGUAUGAGGCCUGGAAGAAAGUGUGGGGUAUUAAAGUGACCAGCACUGAGGAAUAUCCCCACCUCAAGCCUGCCCGCUUCCGCAGGGGCUUCAUCCACAGCGGAAUCAGCGUGUUGCCUAGACAGACCUGUGGCCUCUUCACUCACACCAUCUUCUACAAUGAAUACCCUGGGGGCCCCAAGGAGCUGGAUAAACUUAUCAACGGAGGAGAGCUGUUCCUUACCGUACUCCUCAACCCUAUCAGCAUCUUUAUGACCCACCUGUCCAACUAUGGCAACGACCGUCUGGGUCUGUACACCUUUAGGAACCUGGUGAAGUUCCUACAGACGUGGACCAACCUGAAACUGCAGACGCUGCCGCCCAUACAGCUGGCCCAGCGCUACUUUCAGAUCUUCCCCGAGGAGAGGGACCCCAUCUGGCAGGAUCCGUGUGAAGACAAAAGACAUAAAGAUAUUUGGUCCAAAGAGAAGACAUGUGACCGCUUUCCCAAGCUGCUCAUCAUUGGCCCGCAGAAGACUGGCACAACAGCUCUCUAUCUGUUUCUGGGCAUGCACCCUGACCUAACCAGCAAUUAUCCCAGUAAAGAAACAUUUGAAGAGAUCCAGUUCUUCAAUGGUCGCAACUAUCACAAAGGCAUUGACUGGUACAUGGAGUACUUCCCUCUGCCCUCUAACACAAGUUCAGACUUCUAUUUUGAAAAGAGCGCCAACUACUUUGAUUCAGAGGUGGCAGCAAGAAGGGCAGCAGCCCUCCUGCCUAAAGCCAAAAUCAUCACUAUCCUCAUCAACCCGGCAGACAGAGCUUACUCUUGGUACCAGCACCAGAGGGCACACGAUGACCCGGUGGCCCAAAAAUACACGUUUCACAAUGUCAUCACAGCCGUUCAUGACUCACCCAUCAAGCUGAAGGUUCUUCAGAAUCGCUGUCUGGUGCCUGGGCUGUACGCCACACACCUUCAGCGCUGGCUAAAUUACUACCACCCCAGUCAGAUCCUUGUACUGGAUGGCCAAUUGCUCAGGACAGAACCUGCCUCCGUCAUGGAGAAGAUCCAGAAGUUUCUAGGCUUGACAAACACAGUAAACUACCACAAGAUCCUGGCGUUUGAUCCGAAGAAAGGCUUCUGGUGCCAGCUGCUGGAUGGAGGGAAAACCAAGUGUCUGGGGAAAAGCAAAGGGAGGAGGUAUCCAGACAUGGAUUCAGAUUCACGCUCCUUCCUGAGGGAGUAUUACCGCGAGCACAACGUGGAGUUGUCCAAGCUUCUGUAUAAGAUGGGUCAGCCGCUGCCCAGCUGGCUGAGAGAAGAGCUGCUCCACACCAGGUAGCCUGAGAGAAGAAGCGGGGACUGACUCAAAGCGCCCAGCUUAGCUUUUCCGGCUCUCCUCCACGGGGGAUAGUCUCUCAGCCCCUUUUCACCCCCUCAGUGACAGCAAGCUCAGCAGAGCCCUCAGCCCACUGCCACGGCUCCAACGCUCUCCGUCUCCGGAAGCUUCCGUG